GGUUCAGUUCUCAUUUUGAAAGGAAAAAUAAUAUUCGAAACUUCUUUAAAUGAAAUUUAUAAUUUAAUAGUAAUGUUUUGAGAGAACAACAAAACGAAGAAAAUGGAACCACCAUCAAUCACUUAUUCUGGCAUCCAACCUGUUAAUUAUCUCGGUCAAAUUCAUAAACAGAACGAUACUAAUUUUAGUUCCUCUCAUAGAGAGGUUUGCAAACAACUUGAUAUUCGUCAAGCGAUAAUACGUGAAGAACACAAACAAAAGGGACAAGAGAAACUAAGUAAAAGCUCUUCGUAUUCUAAACAACUAUCUCAAAAAGUUGCUCAACAAUUACAAGUAUCACAACGUGGUCACUAUAUUAGAAAAGGAAACACAUUUGCUUCUCCAGAGAAUUUAGAGUGUUCUAAGUAUCAAAGAAAAGAUAUAGAUUCUAUGCAGAUUCCUAUAAUGCCCCGUGUAAUUCGUCGAAGAAAUCGUCGACCACUACGACGAAAAAUAAGACAUGUCAAUACUUUAAAUCGCAUUAGUCGAUUAUCAAUACAAUACACGGAUCCCCCAUUCACACAUCAAUUUUUCAAUGGUUCUUCUUUUUAAUCAAUAUGAUACUUGAUACAUUACGUUCCCAAAAGUUUUUUUUAAGAACGAAACUUAUGAUAUGAUUUAUUUUUUAUAUUCGCUUAUUAACAAUAUUUAAUUUAAACACCAUUUUCAUUUUCACUUAAGCUUAAUUCAAAAUGAUUCGAAAUCGUCGUUUUAUUUCUGUAAAUCGUAAAUUAUUAAUUUAGAAAUGCAAAAUCUGUUUAUAGUAAAAACUCGAAUAACUUAAAU